GCUUGUGGAGUUUCCUACGUGCGUCUUCUUGCUUUGUGUUGUCAGGCAGAAGGCAAACCGCGUGGCUCCUUUGCUUGGCCUCGGUAAACCAGAGUUCAUUGCCGUGAAACAUUUGCGUGUUGCCAGUUGCGAGUCGCCGAGAUGUCGGCCGGGCUGGAGUCUGGGUUUUCGAGCGAAGAGGUGCUCGCCACCCGUUUCCCCGUGCACCGCGCCUGCAGAGACGGGGACGUGUGCGCGCUGCUGUCUCUGCUCCAGAGCAGUGCGCACCGGGCUCAGCUCGCGGUGGAGGACACUUUCUACGGCUGGACACCCAUUCACUGGGCGGCGCACUUUGGAAAGCUGGAGUGUGUCAUGCGCUUGGUUGAAGUGGGCUGUAGUGUGAAUGCAGUCACUUCCAGAUUUGCCCAGACUCCUACUCACAUUGCUGCGUUUGGGGGACACCCUCAGUCCCUGUUGUGGCUUCUCAAAGCUGGUGCUGAUAUUAACAGACAGGACUAUGUGGGUGAAACGCCCAUCCACAAGGCUGCUCGAGCGGGCAGUCUGGACUGCAUCAAUGCUCUCUUGGUUCAGGGAGCUAAAGCUGAUUUGAGGAAUGCCAGUGCACUGACUGCUGCCGACCUGGCCCAUGCACAGGGAUUCAAGGAGUGUGCGGAGAUUCUGUCCAAUGCUCAGAACUUCCAACAAAACAUGGCCCAGUCUCAAAACGGACAUUUUGUGAACAGCACAGCCCAGAAUGGGGGGCACUCUUACCCCUCGGUCCAGGGACGCAGUUUCUUGAAUGGCACUCCAAACAGAAAGAGGUCAUUUGAAGGCAUUGAAGUAAACCCAGUGAAAAAGGCUAGACCCAUUGGUCUGGACAUGGCACCAGUUUAUCUAAAUGGGAAUGGGCCACUGGGAGGCGCUCAGGAUGUCCAAAUGGAAAGCACAAACAUGGAGUUGUCCUUUGCUGCAAGCUCAGUGACAGAUGAAAGGCUCUUUACCCCAAAUGGUCACAGCCAACCUCAGCUUCCGCUCGGGUGCGGCCUGGCAGCAGAAGUCAGACAUGCUCACAGUGAUAUGCUUGAGAUCCACGGCACAGCAGGCAGCCAGGUGGAGCACCAGAAGUCUGUGACUGCAGAGCAACUGUACAACAAUGCAUUUUACAGCACCAUGCUUCUUUAUCAUGGAUCUUAAAAUGGGAAUUCUGAGUGGCACCACAUUUUUGCCUAAUACACAGUAAUAUAUGCCUAAGCAACACAAUUGGCCUUCAAUUUGACUAAAAUGAGUUAAUCAGUAUUAUUCAACAGGGCAUUAUUAUUUUUAGAACAAUAGUGAUUUAGUUCAGCUAAAAUUUCAAUCUAACACUAGACAAAAAUGUGCAAUGGGGCAGACGUUAGUCCCCUGUGUUUUGUUUUGAUGCGACCAGUUGUGAAUUUUUGUUAAGUAAUUGUGAAGUUAUUUAAUAAAAGCGUA